AUGGAAGCCAUUGAUGGGCGAAGAAAGGCUCCUUUGUGGCGCCGGGGGCAGGCGUGGGCACCCGUUUGCUCACACACAGCUUCCCCUCCGCACACACUGGGCCGGCCGCUCAGAACUGCGUGCCAACAGCGGAGAUCGAGAGACAGGAGCUGCAAAGUGCCCCCUUACUGGGGAAAUGGCAGAGAGGGAUGGGUAGAGAGGGGUGAGAAAGAAAGGGAGGGUGAAAACGACAGCAGAGUUGGCAGAGAGGAGGAGGAGGAGGAGGAGGAGGAGGAGGAGGAGGAGGAGGAGGAGGCGAAAAGAAAGGCCGAGAAAGAGCAGGAGAGAUUAAGCGAAUAA